AUGGCGGGACGUGGCAUCCGGCAGUGCCUGCAUGACAUCACCGCCUAUCUGAUAGUGCUCAUCGGCGUCGCAACCCUCGCGUCGCUGCAGUUUGGCUUUCAUCUCGCCGAGCUCAAUGCACCUCAAGAUGUCAUCACCUGUCAGAAAAAGUCCAUCUCCACUGCCUCUCGCGUUGCCGGCUGGAUCAAAGAGACUGCGGGCAAGACCGAGGGGUCCUCCGGCUGGCUACCAGACUGUAUCCCCAUGAGUGAAGCUGCCUUUGCUACAGUCUCUUCAAUCUUCACCGUCGGAGGACUUGCUGGCGCCCUGGCGGCUGGGCCAUUCGCCUCCAAGCGCGGGCGACUACCAGCAAUGAGAACGACGGCUCUGCUGUACAUGGUGGGAGCUGCGCUCGAGGCCUUGGCCGGCAGCGUCUUCGCCAUGUCUGCAGGCCGUCUUAUUUCGGGCCUUGGAGCUGGAGCUUCCACGGUCAUCGUGCCUCUCUAUAUCAGCGAAAUGUCUCCUCCCGACGAGCGAGGGCUAUUCGGCGCCAUGACUCAAGUCUCUAUCAAUGUUGGCAUCAUCCUCACGCAAACCUUGGGGUACUUCUUGAGCUACGGCCAUGCUUGGAGAUGGGUUCUUGGUAUCGGCGUUUGCAUAGCCACGGCACAGUUUUUUGGCCUAUUCGUGGUUCCCGAAAGCCCUGCUUGGCUCGCUGCACACGGGGAUCCCACCAAGGCGAAGAGGACACUGCAGCGCAUCAGAGGUAGCGGUUUUGAUAUCCACCAAGAAACUUCCCAUUGGGGCGCCGCCGCCGCCGACGCCGCAUCUACUCAAGAGGCCGAGGAGGAAGGUCUCUUGGGCCAGACCGAUGGAACCGCGCCACCGUCUCCUACCGCCCCUGGCUCAAGGCGGCACAUGGGCUUCAUGGAGGUUGUGAAGGACAUAAACACACGGCCUGCCAUUAUUGCCGUGGUCGGAAUCAUGGUGACGCAGCAAUUUUGCGGCAUCAACUCCAUCAUCAUGUAUUCUGUUUCCCUCCUCGCCGAUUUGCUUCCGGUAUCUUCGGGGAAGCUAACCAUUAUCAUCUCGGCUGUCAAUCUCGGCAUGACCAUCGCGUGUGCCCCGUUGCCGGAUCGUCUGGGCCGCAAGACGUCGUUGCUCAUCUCCAUUAUCGGACAAGGUUCGAGCUCACUCAUCUUGGCGCUCUCCAUCGUGUUUGGCGCCAAGGUCCUAUCAGCAUUUGCCGUGCUUGCCUUUGUAGCCUUCUUCGCAGUCGGCCUUGGCCCGGUACCCUUCAUCAUGGCAUCGGAGCUUGUGGGACAGGAGGCUGUUGGAGCAACUCAAAGCUGGAGCCUGGCCGCCAAUUACAUGGCAACAUUUAUCGUUGCCCAAUUCUUUCCCAUUGUCAACACCGCACUGAACCGGGCCUUUGGUGGAGCUGGCUGGGUAUAUUUCCUCUUUGCUGGGCUUGCUGCGCUGGGUGCCAUGUUUGUCGGAGCUCGGGUACCUGAGACGAGGGGAAAGAAGGAUGCGGAUGAGGUUUGGGGACGAACGCGCCGUUUGGAUUGA